GAGUUGCAGAGUAGGAGUCUCUUCAGUUCAACCAAGAUGGUGUUUGAGCUGAUCUCUGCUGCUGACUCGUUGGUUCAUGAACACAUCAACUUCACUGGGAUUUAAUGGAUGUGUUUUUGAUCAAACGAUGCAGGAGCCUGAGUCUCUUCUUUGCUGUCUUGUCUUGGACUGAAGGGUCCCCUGCUACCUUAAGCCCUUCAACCUCCCUCCCCCCCUCCCCCUUCUCUCUCUCUCUUUCUCUCUCUCUGCGCUCUCUCUCUUGGCCAUGACUCUUGCAACGAGUGGUAAAGCUGAAACGGCCCGAAAUGGAGAGGUAGUGGUGUCGUUUAAGAAUGCGUUUCUGUUACACUUGAUCUGUGGAUUAGGGUUAGCAGUGGCAUUUUGGUUUGCCCAUAACGUCUACGCUGUUGAUCUCGUUUCUGAUCCUGCUCGGACACUCUAUCUGAUCUGGAUUAUUGAGUGUCCAUUUGUUAUAAUACUUUACAGUCUCUUUCGGUGGAGUCCGGAGCAAUGCUCAUUCCUCCAGGCGGUUGUGCGAGGUUUGCUGGGGCUUCCCGCUGGGGCUCUUCUGAAUACAUUUGGAGCUAUUGUUCUGGGUGCACCAGUUGGAAGUCAGUACAUGAAGAGGACCAUUAAUUGGUCCCUUUUAAUGUCCUUGUUCACCUUUGUCCCUGCGGCUUCUGUUUUUGGUUCAUCAUGGAAGGAUUGGCAACGGUUGUUUGCAUACUCCAAGCCAGCUGGAGUUCUUGAUUAUAUGAUCUGUAUACCCGCACAUGGAGCUGCUAUUGGAGCUUGGUUUGGGGCUUGGCCUAUGCCCCUUGAUUGGGAAAGACCAUGGCAGGAAUGGCCAAUCUGUGUUACCUAUGGAGCAGUGGCCGGUUAUUUGGCUGGAAUGGUGUUAUCUCUGGGUUUCACAUUAAUGUAUGGUGGAAGACAGCAGCAUCUCAAAGGAGACUAACCUAAAGAGUAACUGUCUAAGCAUUCUUCCUUUUUUUUUUUUUCUUUCCACUCGAGACAAACUUA